AUGAGUGUCCGCAACCGCGCCCAACGCCUCAAACACAAACUCACAACACGCGAAGGAUGGUUCGGUGAUUACGACUACCUCUGGCUUUGUACACCUUCUCUUCCCCUUUCACCCUCCAAACAAUCCAAUCAUCGUCGUCAACGGCGACUUCCACCAUUUUACGCUCUCGACGCAGACAUCCCUCUCCUCCUAGCUACUGCAUGUGGAUUACAACAUGCACUCGCUAUGCUUGCAGGCUUGAUCACUCCUCCGAUCAUUUUUGCUACUACGUUGAAUUUGGAUACGGAGACUCAGUCGUAUAUGGUGUCUGCUUCGUUAAUUGGGUGUGGUAUUCUGAGCUUGGUGCAAAUGUCGAGACUGCGUUUGUACAAAGGAUAUUAUCUCGGUUCUGGCUUGCUAUCCGUUGUUGGGACAAGUUUCGCUACACUAAGUACUGCGAAUGCAAUUUUCGAUGCGCUCUACAACAACGGAACCUGUACAAGUACAACAGCAGCAGACGGUACAAUAACACGAGAUCCCUGUCCAGACGCAUACGGGAUGCUCCUCGGAACCUCACUCAUCUGCUCCUUCCUCGAAAUGCUCUUAUCACUCGUCCCCGUCCGAAUCCUCCAACGCAUCUUCCCACCAAUGGUAACAGGAACCGUCAUCCUCCUCAUCGGAGCCUCUCUCGUUGGGUCUUCAGGUAUUCCCAAUUGGGGUGGAGGGUCGAAUGAUUGUAUGUCUCGACCUAGUAGUGGGUUUUUUCAGCUGUGUCCAAAUGUAGGGGCUCCGAGGGCUCUUCUAUGGGGCUCACCAGAAUUCAUCGGCCUAGGCUUCCUCUCCUUCAUAAGCAUAAUCCUCACAGAACUUUUCGGCUCACCAUUCCUCAAGAACAUAUCUAUCAUCGUCGGCCUCGCAAUGGGUUGUAUCGUCGCAGGUGCCACAGGGUAUGUUGAUGGGAGUAGCAUAAAAAGUGCUCCUGCUAUUACUUUCCUUUGGGUAAAGACAUUCAAGAUCCGAGUAUACCCACCUGCUAUCUUACCGAUGUUAGCCGUAUACAUCUCACUAGCGAUGGAAGCUAUCGGAGACAUAACAGCUUCAGCUGAAGUCUCUCGUGUCGAAGUCGACGGACCAGUAUUCGAUUCACGUAUUCAGGGUGGAGUACUUUCAGAUGGAAUUGGUGGAUUCAUAUCUGCCCUGUUCACAGUUGCGCCUUUAUCAGUCUUUGCCCAGAACAAUGGUGUCAUCGCUAUCACACGCUGCGCGAACCGCACUGCAGGCCGUUUCUGCUGCGUCUUCCUCAUCCUCUUCGGCGUACUAGGAAAAAUCUCAGGUGUCUUCCUCGCAAUACCAAACCCAGUCCUAGGCGGCGUAACAACCUUCCUCUUCGCAACAGUCUCCGCAUCCGGCAUCCGCGUCCUCUCCUACCUCACCUGGACCCGUCGCACCCGCUUCAUCCUCGCCUCCUCCCUUUCUUUCGGUCUCGCGGACUUACUCGUCCCAAGUAUCUUCCAACAUCUUUUCGAUUCUGUGCCGAGUGAAAGCGUGGGGAAAGGGUUGCAGGGGUUGUUUGAUUCUAUCACAAUUAUCUUGAGUACACCUUUCCUUAUAGCAGGCAUCGUAGCGGUCGUCCUAAACCUCAUCCUCCCAGACGAGUCACUCGAUGAGGAUGGGCAUGAAGCAGCUCAAAUUCCAGAAUUAGAUGCGGAUAUAGAGCAGCAAGUCGACCACGAUCACAACGUAGAGACGGAAGACGGGAAACAUACAGUGUAGUGUAUAUAUACGUCAUAUUUACAUUUCUUGGGUUUUAUCAGAUAAAGAGUGUACUAUCUCUUUA